AUGUCUCACGCCGAGAAAACGCAAUACGAUUCGUUCGCGCCCAAGUAUGCAUCUGUGGAGGAGUUGCCCUGCUCGAAGCUAGAGGGUCAGCUUGUGAGGAAUGCUUUGGGCGAUUGUACGGGCUUGAAGGUACUGGAUCUUGGCGGUGGAAGUGGACUUCAUGCGAGAAGAGCGAUUGAUGCUGGUGCAAGUGUUGUUGAUGUUGUUGAUAUUUCACCCGAGAUGAUGAAAGCGGGCGAGGAGAUCGAGAACAGCCUCGGACGAAAGGGAAGCAUUCGCUGGUUUGAGGCUGAUGUCACCAAACCCGUCACGGAGCAAGUCAAGUUGGAGGAGGGAUACGAUAUCGUCAUGGCCAAUUGGGUUUUCGAUCAUGCUACCUCUGUUUCAGAGCUGAGAAGCAUGUACGAGAAUGUUGUCAAGAAUCUGAAGCCUGGUGGCAAGUUUAUCGGCGUGAGGUCAAAGAGCAUUCGCGCCAAGUACAUGAGCCAUGGUCAAGGCAAAUACGGUGUUACCUUUACCGAUGUCACGGAAAUCCCGGGUGGACUGAAGUACCAGGUCAAUUGUGUCACUGAGCCGCCAUUCUCGUUUGAGGCUACUUCAAUGGAAUCGACUUUCUCGCUCUCUGAUGACAUAGGAAAGGAACUCGGGCUGGUUGAUAUACAUGUUGCCCCAGCCGAAGAAACGGAGCUUGUCAAGAAUAAUCACGAGUUCUGGGAGGAUUACCUCAAGGACCCCAACUUUGUCGUUGUAGUGGCGAACAAGGCAUGA